AUGACUGUGUAUCCACAGCAAACAUCGAAUACUUCACCAGGAAAUGUUGUUUAUGUAACACGUACUAGAGGUCAAGAAGGAGGUGCUGUUUCCUCAAGUUCAUCCUCAAUCACUGGCCAAACCACUGCAAUCACAUCAUGUCAUUAUCAUGAUUCCAAACAAUUUUGUGUUAAUGGUCAAGGAGAAGAAGGUUCAGUUGUAGGUGCUCCAACAAAUACAAAAGAUGCUCCAACUGAAUAUACUGGAUGUCAUGCACAUUCUCCUCAAGAAACUUUUUGUGUCGCACCAAAUGGUGAAGAAGUUCAAUUCAUGGCUGAAGGUGGUUCAGCUUCAAAUUCAUCUUCAAGUCAUGGUUCAAGCUCUGGUGGGAGAAGUUGUCAUUUCCAUGCUGGUGUGGAGCAUUGUGUUGGUGGUGAUGAAGAAGAGCAUGGUGCUCAAUGUGAGAAGGUUCAAAGAGAUUAUGACAUCCCAUUAAGAAUUGGUUUGUUGUUUGUCAUCUUGGUAACUAGUGCUAUUGGUGCUUUUGGUCCAAUCUUGGUUAAAAAAUUGUUCAAUUUAUCCACUGAAGGUAUAAUCUUUGUUAUUAUUAAACAAUUUGGUACUGGUGUUAUCAUUUCAACUGCUUUUGUCCAUUUGAUCACUCAUGCUAACUUAAUGUGGACUAAUAAAUGUAUGAAAGAGUUAAGUUAUGAAAGUACUGGUUCUGCAAUCACAAUGGCUGGUAUCUUUUUAGCAUUCUUGAUCGAAUAUGCAGGUAAUAGAGCUGUUCAUUGGAGAGGUAAUAGAUUGUCAAAAGCUAAUGCUGGUGGUCAAUUGGAAAAAAACAACAGUGUUGAUGUUUCUGAAAAUGAUUCAGCCAACUUGGAUAAAAAUGCCACCACUGUUUCAAAUACUCAAGUUCAUAAUCAUCAUGAACAUGGAUUAUUAAUGCCAAAGGAUAAAGUUUCAGUCUUGAUGAUGGAGAUGGGUAUCAUCUUCCACUCUAUUCUUAUUGGUAUUACAUUAGUUGUUGCAGGUGAUUCUUCAUUCAUUACUUUAUUCAUUGUCAUCUUAUUCCAUCAAAUGUUUGAAGGUUUAGCCUUGGGUUCAAGAAUAGCUGAAUUAGAGAAGUCUAAAAUGAUUUCAAAAUUAUUGAUGGCAUUUGUUUAUGCAAUUAUUACACCUAUUGGUAUGGCUAUUGGUAUUGGUGUUCUAUCCAAGUUCAAUGGUAACGAUCCAAGUACAUUAAUUGCAUUAGGUACUCUCGAUUCGUUUUCUGCUGGUGUUUUGAUAUGGACUGGUUUGAUUGAAAUGUGGGCUCACGAUUGGUUGUUUGGUAAGUUGGCACAUGCCAGCAUUAUCAAGACUUUGAUUGCAUUGUUCUCAUUGAUGUCAGGUAUGCUAUUGAUGUCAGUUUUGGGUAAAUGGGCUUGA